AUUAAGUAAUAAUGAAAUUAAGUUGACCGAUUAAUACAUUAAAAACUAAAUAUUCGAACAGCGUUUUCGGUAUAUUCAUCAUCUGGGACCGAAACGACUUGGGGUCGAAACGUUUAAGCAUCGCUGUGACGUAUGUCGAACAGACGAUAGACAAAGGGAAGACUCCGAAGAGGAAAGGAAAGUUUAUUUCUAUUCGUUUAGAUAAGUGUUCCCCGUGAAACAAAAGGUUCCCAGGCUGUCUCUGACUGUGCUGUGUACUGAGAGGUCAAAGAGAGAAUAUAUGUGGUUCCCAGGCUGUGUCUGACUGAGAGGUCAAAGAGAGAAUAUAUGUGGUUAUGAUCCAGACCGCCCACAUCAUGGACACAGCAAGCUCCCAAUACACCACAGCAAGCUCCCAAUACACCACAGCAAGCUCCCCAUACAUCACAGCAAGCUCCCAAUACAUCACAGCAAGCUCCUCAUUUAGACUACAUCAAUGUUCUAAGUGUCUGGGGGAUACAGCGUACCAUUGUGUAUCGUGUCCAUGUGAUCUGUGUCCCCAGUGUAAAGAGAACCAUGUAAAAGAUCUCCAAACAAUAGACCAUGAUGUUGUGUCACGCCGUGAUAAAAUCAACUACAUCCCAACACAAGAGAUCUGUGUGAGACAUCCUAGCCAUGUUUAUACAAAGUACUGUGAACUUUGUCAAGUUCCUGCCUGUAAUAAUUGCCAAACACAUAGAAAACACAAGAAGAUAGUUGUUAAAACAGCAUAUAAAACAAAGCGACAACAACACAGAGGAACCAUUCACUUCAUCAGAAGUGAGGCUCUCUUUUACAGACCUGUUCUCCUGACAGAAAUCAAAGCUGAUGUCAAAACCUGUCACACAGAAUUCUCCCCCCUUCAAUCAGAGAUGUUAACAAAGGCCCAGAAACUGAAGGAUCUCAUUGACUAUGUGGUAUAUGAUCUAUUGAACAAUGUGUUAUGUUACUUUGAUUUCAAACACAGAUGUAAAAAACAAAAGAUAAAAAUGAUCAGACAUAUUGUCAGACUAAGGAGAUAUGAACACAGAUAUGUACAGCCAGCAUUCACAUUCAGUGCGCUACAAUUCCUCUCAUUCACAAAGACAGCCCUCCCCCAGAUACAUCUUACACUCCACACCAGCCAGCUCUCCAUGACUGAGUCACUCAACAAGGAGGAUGUGAUGGAGUCACUGAGUGCAAUCCAAAUCACAGAGAGAGGAAACCGACGCGUAGGAAACCAGUGUCUGCGGAAACUGACGUCUGGUGCUGAGCUCCAUCAAUCUCUCACACUGACAGGUGUUGGUCGUUGUUUUCACAUUUCCUGUGUGACAUCAGACCGGGUCUGGGUCAGUGAUUGGAGAAACAAUCUCAUGUUGACAGACACAACAGGUGUCCCUCUACAUCGUGUGGAGGAUUCAUGUAGUGGUUAUGGAUUACACACAGUGAACAGUGAGAGUGAACUGAUUUAUAUAGAUAGGAAUGAUAACAUCAACAAACUGUCAAAGGAUAUGAAAACAACCACCACAUUUAUAGAGAGAACAGACUCUACAUGGGAACCACGGUGUGUGUACUGGUCCCCGUCCACUGGGGAUCUACUGGUCGGGAUGUAUAACGAUGAUACAGAGACAGGCAAGGUAACCCGGUACAACCAGAGUGGACAACUCACACAAACCAUACAACACGAUAACACAGGACGGGGACUGUAUAGUGGACCUUACUAUAUAACAGAGAACAACAAUGGGGAUGUCUUGGUGUCUGACUCAUUCAGUGCUGUAGUGGUGACAGAGCGUGGAGGAAGACAUCGUUUCUCCUACACAGGACAUCCAUCAGGAUCAGGACUAGAUCCAUGGGGAAUCUGUACUGACGCGCUGUCACACAUCCUGGUGUGUGAUGUUAUAACCGACACAGUACAGAUGAUAAAUAAGGACGGUCAGUUCCUGUCACAUCUACUGACAAAAUCACAAGAGAUGCGUUAUCCAUUGAGCCUGAGUUAUGAUGUCAACACUCACCGUCUCUGGGUCGGAGCACGGUACAACAACAAGGUGUGUGUCUACAGGUAUAUCACCAGACAGAACGCUCUGACAGACAAACACAGACCCCGUCCUGAUGGAGACACUCAAUACACGACACAUCCUCACAACAAAACUCAUCAACUAAACAAAGAUGAACACAAACCAUGUCCUGAUGAGGACACCAUGUCCAGCUCAACACCAGCCGUAUAAUCGAGAUAGCUGGGAUAUUGACAGGUUGUAAAUGUUUCUGUACAAAUCUAGUCUGCUCUCAAAACCACACAUGUUGUUUGUCACUUUGUUCAACAUCUGCAGCUGAAAUUGAGCUGUGUAUAAUUCACAUGGACUGUAAUACUGACUCCUGUUUAUUUCACACUUUGUGAUCAUCCAAACAUGGCUGUCUGUUGCUGAGUGAGAAACAUCAUGUUAUACAAGUUUUAUUUUCUGAAUGUGGAAUAUUAUAAAACAAAUAAUAACUAAACAAUUAAACAUUGUAAAUGUUGGAUCUUUAUCAAUUCCAAAAUGUAUCUUUGUUUUGCUAAUUGUGCCAUUAUUAUACCCCAAGCAAUGGAGUUGUUAGAGAAUAAUGAUUUCAACCUAUCUGCCAUUCAGUCCUGGUUUUUAAGCAAAACUUAUAUUAAACAGCUGCACAGAAUUUUAUGAAACUUUUAAGGUAUUUAGAACACAAUGUGUAGAUGUGCUAAUUACUAGGAAGUUCCGAUUCAUUUAUCUGUCUGGGAAUUUUAGCCCCAUUGAACUUGAAUUUUGGCCAUAUGUUGAAUUUAGCAAUGAUGUUUUUGUAAACGUGACUCUUCUCAAACAGCUGUAUUGGAUUUCGUAAAACUUUUUAGGUA